GUCUCAGGAGGGGAAAUGAUACACUGACCUUCAGCCCUGCAACCUCAAACUCAGAGUCCUCAGACGCUUCAGCAGGACUAUCAGAGGUUGUGAGAGCGUUGCAGGAGUGUUGUGAGCUGGCACACUCAGUGGGCGAGUCGUAACAUCAUGCCGGUGCCAAACGUUUGUGUAGCGUUACCCUCCAUCAGACACUCGACGAUACUACUGCUCACCGCCAUCAUCCUGCUCAGCAACGCCGAGGCUCCACCAAAGUUCUUGCGGACCCCGGACGAUCAGACGGGUGUCCAGGGGGGCGUGGCCUCCUUCAUCUGCCAAGCGACGGGCGACCCGCGGCCCAAAAUCGUGUGGAACAAGAAGGGGAAGAGAGUGAGCAACCAGCGCUUUGAGGUGAUCGAGUUUGAUGACGGCUCGGGCUCAGUGCUAAGAAUCCAGCCGCUGCGGACGCCGCGUGAUGAAGCCAUUUAUGAGUGCGUCGCCUCCAACAGUGUUGGGGAGACGAGCGCCACCACACGCCUCACUGUUUUACGUGAGGAUCAGCUGCCUGCAGGUUUCCCCACUAUAGAUAUGGGUCCUCAGUUAAAGGUGGUGGAACGCACCCGCACCGCCACAAUGCUCUGCGCCGCCAGCGGCAACCCCGACCCGGACAUUUCCUGGUUCAAAGACUUCCUGCCCGUCAACACCAGUAACAACAACGGGCGAAUCAAACAGCUGCGAUCAGGUGGUACUCCGAUCAGAGGAGCGCUGCAGAUCGAACAGAGCGAAGAAUCGGACCAGGGGAAGUACGAAUGCGUCGCCACCAACAACGACGGCACUCGCUAUUCCGCUCCUGCCAACCUGUAUGUAAGAGAGCUGCGAGAAGUGAGACGGGUUCCGCCCCGCUUCUCCAUUCCUCCGACGGAUAAUGAGAUCAUGCCCGGGGGAAGUGUGAACAUCACCUGCGUGGCGGUCGGCUCACCCAUGCCCUAUGUCAAAUGGAUGCUGGGCUCGGAGGAUUUGACCCCUGAGGAUGACAUGCCCAUCGGCCGAAACGUGCUGGAGCUCACCGACGUCCGGCAGUCAGCCAACUACACUUGUGUUGCCAUGUCAACGCUGGGCGUUAUAGAGGCGGUUGCACAAAUCACGGUCAAAGCUUUACCGAAGCCACCGGGUGUUCCCCAGGUAACCGAGCGCACGGCAACAAGCAUCACGCUCACGUGGGAUUCUGGGAAUCCCGAACCUGUUUCCUAUUACAUCAUCCAGCACAAGACCAAACACUCGGAGGACUCUUAUAAAGAAAUCGAUGGCGUCGCCACCACUCGAUACAGCGUGGGUGGACUGAGCCCUUACUCCGACUACGAAUUCAGAGUAGUGGCCGUGAACAACAUCGGACGCGGUCCUCCCAGCGAAGCCAUCGAGGCCAAAACGGCCGAGCAGGCGCCGAGCACGGCCCCGCGGCAAGUCCGAGGGCGGAUGCUGAGCGCCACCACCGCCAUCAUCCACUGGGAUGAACCCGAGGAGGCCAACGGACAGGUUACAGGCUACCGGGUUUACUACACAACCGAUCCUGGCCUGCACGUCAACCAAUGGGAGAAACAGAUCGUUAGGACUUCCAACUUCCUCACCAUUCCUGGUCUGACGCCCAAUAAGACUUAUUACAUCAAAGUCCUGGCCUUCACCUCCGUAGGAGAUGGACCUCUGUCCUCUGAUUUACAGAUCAUUGCCAAAACUGGAGUUCCCUCUCAACCGACGGACUUCAAGGCUGAAGCAAAAUCUGAGACCAGCAUCCUGCUGUCGUGGAACCCCCCUACACAGAGCGGCCAGGACAAUCAGGUCGUUGGAUACGAGCUGCUCUAUAAGAAAGGAGAUGACAAAGAGGAGAAGCGCGUCAGCUUCGAACCCACCACCACCUACUUACUGAAGGAUCUGAGACCCUUCACCACAUACACCUUUCAGCUGGCUGCUCGCAGCAAACAUGGUGUCGGUGCCUACACCAACGAGAUCUCGGCUGAAACUCCUCAGACACAGCCCUCAGCUCCGCCUCAGGAAGUCAAGUGUACCAGUCCCAGUUCCACCAGCAUUCUGGUAAGUUGGAAGCCGCCUCCGGUGGAGCUUCAGAACGGAGUCAUCGUCAAAUACAGCGUCCAGUACACCGCCACAGAAGGAGACGAUACGUCCUUGCGUCACAUCACAGAUAUACCGCCGCAAACCUCCCGCUAUCUCUUGGAGAACUUGGAGAAAUGGACAGAGUACCGCGUGACAGUGAUCGCUCACACAGAAGCGGGUGAAAGCCCUGAGAGUUUACCUCAUCUUAUCCGUACGGAGGAGGACGUGCCCAGCGGCCCUCCUCGUAAAGUCGAGGUGGAGGCUGUCAACUCCUCAUCUGUUAAAGUGUUGUGGCGUUCGCCGGUGCCCAGCAGACAGCACGGACAGAUCCGUGGGUAUCAGGUGCACUAUGUCAGGAUGGUUAACGGUGAACCCGUCGGGCAUCCUGUCAUCAGAGACAUCCUGAUAGACGAUGCUCAGUGGGAAUAUGAUGAUUCGGCUGAACAUGAGUUAUUUCUCACAGACCUUUACGCUGAGAGCACAUAUUCAGUGACCGUCGCCGCUUACACGACCAAAGGAGACGGAGCACGCAGCAAACCCAAGCUGGUCACCACCACCGGAGCCGUUCCUGAAAAGCCUCGUCUCAUGGUCAGUCCAACAAACAUGGGCACAGCUCUGCUGCAGUGGCACCCUCCUCCCAACACUCACGGCCCUCUGCAAGGUUAUCGCCUCCGAUUCGGCCGCAAGGACGUGGAGCCCCUGACCGUCAUCGAGUUCUCCGAGCGUGAGAACCACUACACCACCAAAGAAAUCCACAAGGGGGCGUCCUACACCUUCCGCCUCUCUGCCCGCAACAAGGUGGGGUUCGGAGAGGAGACGGUGAAAGAGAUCACCACGCCCGAGGACACGCCCUCCGGCUACCCGCAAGGCAUUGUAGCUGAAAGUAGUACGACCACUACCAUUCAGGUCAGCUGGCAGCCUGUGGUACUAGCCGAGCGUAACGGAGUCAUCGUUAAAUACGCCCUUCAGUACAAAGACAUCAACAGUCCGCGCAGUCCUUCCGAACUGUUCAUCACUGCCCCCGAGUCCACCGUCGUCCUGGACGGCCUUAAAGCAGACACCACGUACGAUAUUAAAAUGUGUGCCUUCACCAGUAAGGGCGCCGGCCCUUACAGUCCUAGCGUCCAGUUCAGAACGCAACCCGUCAACCAAGCAGUGUUUGCAAAAAAUUUUCACGUGAAAGCUGCCAUGAAGACCUCCGUGCUGCUGACGUGGGAGAUCCCCGACAACUACAAUCCUGCUCAACCGUUUACAAUCUUGUAUGAUAAUGGACAAAGCGUGGAGGUGGACGGGAAGCUGACGCAGAAGCUCAUCACAAACCUUCAGCCAGAAACUCAGUAUUCCUUCCUGCUCACUAACCGUGGUAACAGCGCUGGAGGUCUACAGCACCGCGUCUCCACCAUGACAGCACCUGACAUACUGCGUACCAAACCCUACCUGAUCGGCAAGACGGCUACAGACGGCACGGUCACGGUCGAGCUGCCCACUGUACAGACCACAGAGAAAGUCAGGGGAUAUUACAUUGUGGUGGUCCCUCUGAAGAAACAGAGACCUGGAAAGUUUAUUAAACUCUGGGACAAUCCAGACGAGAUGAGUCUGGAAGAGUUAUUAGGUGAAAUCAACCGAACGAGUCGCGCUCUUCGCUCCCGCCGACAGGUGGAGUUAAAGCCGUACAUCGCAGCGUUUUUUCACGAGAUGCCCACCGAGUUCACGCUGGGAGACUCAAAGAUGUACGGGGACUUUGAGAACAAGCAGCUGUUGAACGGACAGGAGUACGUCUUCUUUGUGCUCGCUGUGCUGGAGAUUUCAGACAAUAUGUUGUACGCGGCGAGUCCGUAUUCUGACCCGGUGGUGUUUGCAGACAUCGAUCCACAUCCCAUCAUAGAUGAAGAGGAGGGUUUGAUCUGGGUCGUGGGUCCUGUGCUCGCUGUCAUCUUCAUCAUCUGCAUCGUCAUCGCCAUCCUGCUCUACAAAAGACGCUUUCACUGGAGCAGUCAACCAGACAGGAAACGGGCGGAGUCAGAAGCCAGGAAGGGCAGUUUGCCCAGCGGUAAAGAAAUGCCGUGUCAUCACCCCACAGACCCCGUGGAGUUACGCCGUCUGAACUUCCAAACACCCGGUUCAGCCGCUUCGGUUUACCCCAGUAACCUUCAUUUGUCAAGGAUGGCCAGUCACCCGCCCAUUCCCAUCAUGGAGUUAGCCGAUCACAUCGAGCGUCUGAAAGCCAACGACAACUUGAAGUUUUCACAACAGUAUGAGUCCAUUGAUCCCGGUCAGCAGUUCACAUGGGAACAUUCCAACCUGGAGGUGAACAAACCCAAGAACAGAUAUGCCAACGUCAUCGCUUACGAUCACUCCAGAGUCCUGCUGUCUGCCAUCGAUGGUAUUCCCGGCAGCGAUUACAUCAACUCAAACUACAUUGACGGCUACAGGAAGCAGAACGCUUAUAUCGCCACUCAAGGUCCGCUGCCGGAGACCUUCGGGGAUUUUUGGCGGAUGAUCUGGGAGCAGCGGAGCGCAAAUAUCGUCAUGAUGACCAAACUAGAAGAAAGAUCACGGGUGAAGUGUGACCAGUACUGGCCCAACAGAGGAACAGAAACGUACGGACUCAUUCAGGUCACCCUGCUGGACACGGUGGAGUUAGCCACGUACUGCGUCAGGACGUUUGCGCUUUACAAGAACGGCUCCAGCGAGAAGAGAGAGGUGCGACAGUUUCAGUUCACCGCCUGGCCAGAUCACGGCGUUCCCGAACAUCCCACACCGUUCCUGGCCUUCCUGCGCAGGGUGAAAUCCUGCAACCCUCCGGACGCCGGGCCCAUGGUGGUGCACUGCAGUGCCGGCGUGGGUCGGACCGGCUGUUUCAUCGUGAUCGAUGCCAUGUUGGAGCGCAUUAAACACGAGAAGACGGUGGACAUCUACGGUCACGUGACGCUCAUGAGAGCUCAGAGAAACUACAUGGUGCAGACAGAAGAUCAGUACGUCUUCAUUCACGACGCGCUGCAGGAGGCCGUGACCUGCGGAACCACCGAAGUUCCCGCCCGGAAUCUGUACGCCUACAUCCAGAAACUCACACAGAUCGAGUCCGGAGAGAACGUCACUGGAAUGGAACUGGAGUUUAAGCGGUUAGCAAACACAAAAGCCCACACAUCCCGCUUCAUCAGUGCCAACCUGCCCUGUAACAAAUUCAAAAACCGUCUGGUGAACAUCAUGCCGUAUGAGUCCACACGAGUCUGUCUGCAGCCAAUCAGAGGAGUGGAGGGAUCAGACUACAUCAACGGCAGCUUCAUCGAUGGAUACAGGCAACAGAAGGCUUACAUCGCCACACAGGGUCCUUUAGCUGAAACCACAGAAGAUUUCUGGCGGAUGUUAUGGGAACACAACUCUACCAUAGUUGUGAUGUUGACCAAACUCAGAGAGAUGGGCAGAGAGAAGUGUCAUCAGUAUUGGCCGGCGGAGCGUUCAGCGAGGUAUCAGUACUUUGUUGUGGAUCCUAUGGCGGAGUAUAACAUGCCUCAGUACAUCCUGAGAGAGUUUAAAGUGACAGACGCCAGGGACGGCCAAUCACGGACGGUCAGGCAGUUCCAGUUCACCGAUUGGCCGGAACAGGGUGUGCCGAAAUCAGGCGAAGGCUUCAUCGACUUCAUCGGCCAAGUGCAUAAAACAAAAGAGCAGUUCGGUCAAGACGGGCCCAUCUCAGUCCACUGCAGUGCUGGUGUGGGCAGGACCGGAGUCUUCAUCACUCUCAGUAUUGUUCUGGAGAGGAUGAGGUAUGAAGGUGUGGUGGACAUCUUCCAGACGGUCAAGAUGUUACGGACGCAGCGGCCAGCAAUGGUCCAGACUGAAGAUCAGUACCAGUUUUGUUACAGAGCUGGGUUGGAGUACCUCGGGAGCUUCGACCACUAUGCAACGUAAGAUCCUCGGCGUGCCGUCAGGAGACGCGAUCGACCGCCGGACAUCCAGAGGUCAUUCAAUUCUGAGCCAUAAAUACCUGCUUGUGAAAAGAACUUUAACUCUUCGUCCACAACUCGACUACGUGUUGGAUGUGCAACAUAAAGCUAGAAAUACUUUCAAAUUACACUAACAGACAAAUAUCCAGGUGGACCAAGACAAAUCACCCGAUCUAAUAUAAACAAUGAAAAAUAAUAGUAAUAAUACAGAAUUUCAGACAGGUGAAUAUGGACUGCUGAAGCAUCGUGUGGAACGUUCCUUUCUUCCUUUGCUUCGAGGAUUCAUGAAUAACAAAGAAACAAACGGUCUGGAGGAUCACAGACGCUGUGAGACGGGAGCUCAAUACACAACGUAAAGAGAAUUUCUGUUCUUUCCUCAAUCAACGUGAGGAGUUAGAGAAAAAAAACGUCAUCACGUCAUCAUCUUCAUCAGUGAAGAAACUAUAAACCACAAGCACCCGCCCCUCCAUAGAUGACACAUCUGGAUAACACAAAUCUUUUCUUUUUGUUGACCCAUCUUUCAUUUUUUAGGACGGUUAAUUCUUUUUUUCACCUGACCCACUUCACCUCCUGCUCUUACACUCUGUGCCAUUUGUCGUUACAAUCCUGUCUGAACACACACAUGCGUUGACUUGUGAGGGGGGCAGAUUAUAAAGGUUGGCAGAAAUCUCAGUUCUUUCAUGAGCAGAGAGAGGGAAAUGACUGAAAUAUACGAUGUCUUUAUUUAUAUAACAGUGAAUUGUCAUGAGGAUCUUUAGAGGAGAUAUAAAUAUAUGAAUCUAAAUAAAUCUGUAAUAUAUGGACUGAUGGAUAUGUGUAGAUGUUCGAGGGAACUGAAGAGGUUUUCCGCUGGAAUGCACAUCAGCAGGACAAACGCAUCUUUUCUUGUGCAAUAAACAGAUGUUGUGCUUUAUAUCGGGGGCCAUCAUCAUCAUCAUUCAUUCAUUCAACUCGUCGAGAGGUCAGAGGUCAUUUACACAGACCGAGCCGUGUUUUCAUUCGUUUGCAUUUAGAGUGCCUUAUAUUUAUGCCUCUUCUUUUCUACAAUAUUCAUUUCUCAAGGUGUAUAGUUUGAGUAUAGUCCAUAUAAGAGUAUUUAGCCAUUGAUUUCCCACGCGUACAGAUUUAUAUUCUAUGAAAUUGUAUAUGCAAAUACGUAAUUCCAUUGUUCCUCUUUUAUUCUAUGGCCUUAAUCUGGCUCAGAGAACUGAAAAAAAGGGUAAGGAAUCAAAUCAAUGAAAGCUAUAAAUAAAUAAAUAAAUGUAAGGCCCGAUACUGUUAAUUCUCUUCUUCUCUAUUAUGAAUUAGAAACAUCUUCUGAUUUCUAAAACAGCAUGAGUACAGUUCAGAAACAUGUAGUUGUCUGUGAUUGAAAAGAGAAACAUGAUUAUCAAUUCCAUUUAGUUUGUCUUUUGAAGAUCGUUGAACUUCCCAGCGGUUCUGCACAUUUUGACUUUAGUUCUUUGGUGUGGAAGGAUUUCUUGAAGAAAGGAAGCCGUCGCAAUAAACAUUCGGUUAAAAUGACAGAUAAUCCUUUAUUAAAAGCUCUAGAUGUUAAGAUACGCUAUGAAAUAUGUUUGCAGAUAAGAAUAUUAUUUGACAAUUUUAUGAUUUCAUUGGCUUUGUGGAUGUGCAUUCCAGACAUUCUCCCCCUUUUUAAUUGCCAAAUUGUUUUACAAAAUCAAAUUUGAUUUGAUUGAAUUUUGUUCAAUUCGAAAUCUCUUCAUCAACAAAACGCUGUUGUUGUUGUUGUUGUUCGCCAUAGCUCCAUGUCAAGUGUCAGCGCCACCUAGAGGUCACUUGCGCUCCUCACGGGUUUCUUUUGCUGUUCUGGAUCUUCUUUGAAUAUGCAUGAGUUCAGCUGCAGUGAGGACGAGGACGAGGAGAAUUGCACUUUUUUAUCUCUGUAUCUCUAUGCACUGCCCUGCUGAUUUCACACGUCCCAUCACAGAUUUUACUUGAACCCGACUGUACCAAUCUCCUUCAAACUUCAGAUGUGUGUAUGUAAAUAACACUGAAAAGAGAUCCAAGUCCUUGGAGAAAAAAAAGAUGAUGAAGAAAAAAUCAUAGGAUAAUCGGGUGCAAAACCAGCGUCUUCAGCAGAUGAUGUGGAAGUUUCACUUCUUCCCCGUUCAGCCGGUUGAAAGACUGAAGUAUAAACGUGUUUCUCUGCUCCCCGUGAAUCUCACAUCUGGAUGCAUAGACUGAAAUAAUGAAUUCAAUUCAAUUGUAAAGAAAAAAAUGGCUUGUUAAAAAAAUCAUGAAAUUACCUCUGAUUAGUUGUAAAUGUAAACUGUUAUUUGAUUUCAUUUUUUUUCUGAAUGAAUGAAGUGCUUUUUAUUUUCCUACUUAGAUGCCAGUGGUGAAAAGAUACGUCUGUACGAGAAGCGUCCUUCUGUACUUCUGACACGAGUUCCAUUUGUUAUAAAUGAAUUCUAUUAAAAAAAUGUAAGUGUUAUGCA